UUAAAGGGCGGUGCGAUGGUGCCCCGCAGGGGGCGCUGCUCCUUUAAAGGGCGGUGCGAUGGUGCCCCGCCCGCUGAGCCCGCCCCCGUCCCCUCUGCCGGUGUCGCUGAGGGCCCGGGGUCGCGCCGGCAGCAGCAGCAGCCUGAGGAGGAGAAGGGUCUGUCACCAGACAUCGCCAYCAUGCAGCGCCGGGUGUUCGUGGUGGGCGUCGGCAUGACCAAGUUUUCAAAGCCUAAUGAGAAGAGCGCUGAUUAUCCUGACAUGGCUAAGGAAGCAGGCCAAGCAGCUUUAGCUGAUGCUGGGAUUCCUUAUUCAGAAGUGAAGCAGGCAUGUGUGGGUUAUGUUUAUGGUGACUCAACCUGUGGGCAGAGGGCGAUCUACCACGGUCUGGGUCUAACUGGCAUUCCCAUCAUUAAUGUKAACAACAACUGUGCUACUGGAUCCACUGCUCUGUUCAUGGCCAGACAACUUGUAGAAGGAGGUUUGGCAGACUGUGUUCUGGCACUCGGMUUUGAGAGGAUGGCAAAAGGAUCCCUUGCUUCAGGUUUUGCAGACAGAACUAAUCCAAUGGACAAACAUGUGGAAAUUAUGAUAAACAAAUAUGGCCUAGCAAGUGCUCCUGUGGCACCUCAGCUGUUUGCAAGCGCUGGCAAAGAACAUAUAGAGAAAUAUGGGACAAAUCCAGAAUACUUUGCGAAAAUUGCAUGGAAGAAUCACAGCCAUUCAACCAACAACCCGUAUUCCCAGUUCCAAAAGGAGUACACAUUAGAUGAAGUUCUGCAGUCUCGCAAAAUUUUUGAUUACUUGACUGUCUUACAGUGUUGUCCAACAUCAAAUGGUGCUGCAGCUGCAAUUUUGGCUAAUGAGGAGUUUGUGAAAAGGCAUAAGUUGCAGCCAAAAGCUGUGGAAAUUCUAGCCCAGGUGAUGGCUACUGAUUAUCCAAGCACAUUUGAAGGAAACAGUUGCAUGAAGAUGGUUGGCUAUGAUAUGACUAAAAGAGCUGCACAAAAAUGUUUUGAAAAGGCAGGCCUAAAACCUGCAGAUGUUGAUGUGAUUGAGCUUCAUGACUGCUUCUCAGUUAAUGAAUUUAUCACCUAUGAAGCUCUGGGACUUUGUCCAGAAGGAAGAGCAUGUGACCUGAUCGACAGAGGAGACAAUACUUACGGAGGAAAAUGGGUUAUUAAUCCCAGYGGUGGCUUGAUUUCCAAGGGACAUCCUCUUGGUGCCACAGGGCUGGCGCAGUGCGCGGAGCUCUGCUGGCAGCUGCGCGGCCUGGCCGGGCGGCGGCAGGUGCCGGGGGCGAAGGUCGCGCUGCAGCACAACCUGGGGCUCGGCGGGGCCGUGGUCGUGACGCUCUUCAGGAUGGGCUUCCCCCGGGAGCGCAGCACCGGCCGUAUUGCGGCUGUGCCUCUCAGUGCAGCUGUUGAUGGAUUUAAAUCAGAUCUGGUCUUCAAAGAGAUUGAAAAGAGGCUCCAAGAGGAAGGAGAGCAAUUUGUCAAGAAAAUUGGUGGAAUCUUUGCCUUCAAAAUAAAAGAUGGUCCUGGUGGGAAAGAAGCAACUUGGGUAGUAGAUGUGAAAAAUGGUAAAGGCUCAGUGGCAGUUAAUUCAGAUAAGAAGGCAGAUUGUACAAUCACAAUGGCUGACACCGAUCUGUUGGCUCUCAUGACUGGCAAAAUGAACCCUCAGACAGCAUUCUUUCAAGGCAAGUUGAAGAUUUCUGGGAACAUGGGCAUGGCAAUGAAACUUCAGAAUCUACAGCUUCAGCCAGGCAAAGCUAAACUUUGAGCUCAGUAGAAUAAAUAGUCAGUACUUGAUAUUCUUGACAGAAAAGUAGAAUGAAACUAGACAUUAUCAAUAAUAUGGCACAGGCUGGGUUUGAUUGGACCUCUCUCACCUAAAAUCUGCGGUUAGAGAUCUUAAUUCUCUUAAUAACUUCCAUCAGUUUCUCUAUGGCUAAGCUUGAGACACUAACACUUACAAAUGAUACAUGGUGGGGUUUUGUGACUGUUUUUGUUCUAAUCAAUAUGGACAAUUUUGUAAAAAUUAGAGCUGAAUUAGGCUGCUUACUGUUGUUCAGGUUGGUUGGGAAGGAAAAGAGGAAAGUUAUAGAUAGUUUGACAUAUCAAUGAAAUGAGUUGCAUUUUUUAAAGGCUGUAAUAACAAGUCAUACAAAUGCUUUCAGACUUCCAUUCUAAUAAAUUUGCUGCUGCUUACAUUAAAGUGAUCUUGUAAAGGGGAUCUCUAACAACAUUUUUUUAGAAUAGGUUUUAGGAAUUUGCUAUAAAAUACUUUUCUUAUUACUACUUUGGAAUUAAAAGAAAAAAAAUCCAGAAGUAAGCAGGAACUGGAAUGUUGCUUUGAGGUUCACAGGAUUUGAUGAUACUUCACCUUGAAAACAGAUUAGAUUUGCCAGGAGGGCAGAGAGAGAAUAUAAUCAAGGUAUUACCUGUUUUCUCCUGGUAAAAUCUGGUGUUGAUCAUGAUGAAAUUCUUGUCAGUAAUGUAAAAGCUUUAAGUUCUGUUUUGGGAAAAUGUAUUCUGGUUGGAUGUUUAAUAGAAAAUUAAAUAUACUUUUCCUGUU